CUUAAUGAAGAAUUCAUUGAAUUUGAACCUACAACCCCCCAUCUCUCUCAAUCAAGUAUAUAAACACAGCAAUACAUCAGACUAAGUACACGAGAAGAGACUUAAAGCUAAACCCUAAGAAAAUCAGUGAAGAAGAACAAACCCCCACUUCAGAUCAAGAACACUAGUGAAGUUGAAAAAGAAAAUGGAAAUUCUGUUGGAUUGGAAGUCAAUAGGUUCAUUGCUAGCAACUCUAAUGUUUGUUAGGACUGCUAUCAGAGAUUUCUUACCACCAGAAGUAAACCAAGCACUGAAAAGAUUUUUUGCAAAAAUCCUCACAUAUUUACAGCCAAAACUAGUAUCAAUUCUAAUUGAAGAGUUUGAUAAUUCUUAUAACAAUGAUCUCUAUGAUUCAGUUCAGUGUUACUUAGGUUCUAAAUGUGUUUCACAAGCACAGAUUUUGAAACUGUCCAAACCCAAAAACUCCAAAAACUUGAGCUUCACAAUGGAUGCAAACCAAACCUUUGAUGAUAUCUACAAUGGGUUUAAACUCAAUUGGUCUUUUCAUACAAUUGAGAAGAAAAGUGACAUAGGGUUCUCAAGGUCUCAUGAAUGUAAGUAUUUUCAGCUUAGUUUUCAUACCAAGUACAAGGAUUUGGUGCAUUCUCAUUAUUUACCUUAUAUCAUGAAAGAAGCCGAGAUUAUCAAGUUCAAGAACAGAGAAAGAAAGCUGUUUACGAACCGAUCGGCCGAUGAGAAUGGUCGGCUGUGGUCUUCUGUGCCGUUUACUCAUCCGUCGACGUUCGACACCGUUGCGAUCGACCCGGUACUUAAGAAGGAGAUUAAAGAUGAUCUGAUUAAGUUUGUUAACAGAAAAGAGUUUUACACUAGAGUUGGAAGAUCUUGGAAACGAGGGUAUCUUCUUUAUGGGCCACCAGGAACAGGAAAGACUAGUUUGAUUGCAUCCAUUGCAAAUUUCCUGGAGUUCGAUAUCUACGACUUGGAACUAACGGCUGUAUCGAGCAAUUCGCAGCUAAGAAAGCUGUUGAUUUCCACUACAAGUAAGUCCGUGAUUGUGGUUGAAGAUAUAGAUUGUUCAUUGGAUCUUUCUGAUCGACAGAAGAAAUGCAAUAACAGUGAUGCGGAAAAUGAUAAGCUUAACUUUGGUAACAACAUUAAGAAAAGUAGCCAGUCAAGUUUUGGUAGCAGCGUGAGCUUAUCAGGGGUGCUGAAUUUUGUGGAUGGACUUUGGUCUUCAUGUGGUGGAGAAAGGUUGAUAAUAUUCACAACAAACCAUAAAGAAAAACUCGACGCUGCAUUAUUAAGACCGGGCCGGAUGGAUAAACAUAUUAACUUGACCUUUUGCGAUUACAAAUCGUUUAAGAUUUUAGCGAAGAAUUAUUUGUUAGUCGAUGAGCAUAAGAUUAUGAAACAAGUUGAGGAAUUGUUAGGUGCAGUUAAGAUGACACCAGCUGAUGUUGCUGAGAUUUUUAUGAGUUGCGACGAGGAUGUAGACAUGGGUAUGAGGAAUGUAGUUGAGGAAAUGAAGAAAAGAUUGAAAGCGAAAGAAAUUAAGAAAUGUGAAGUCGAAGAAGAGGAGAAAGAAGAGGAGAUUGUUGAAGAGGAAUUGGUUAACUCCAUUGUUGGUUGUGAGUGGUAAAAAAUUGACAUUUUAGAAAGUACUUAGUUGGGUUUUCAUUUGCUUUCAAUUUGUUGUUGUAAUUGCAGUUUGUUUGUUCCUUGGGACUAUCUGUUGUUCUCUAAGGCUUCAUCAUCUCUCAUUACCAUCUAUUAUCAAAUUUCUUUCAAGCAAGAGCCAUCUUAAGCCAGUUCCGGUUUGUUUUAAUUUGUGUUGCAGGGGUUCUCCGCAUUGCAGAGUUUUCCCAGCCUAGUUUUUAUU